AUGGCCCAAUUGUACUACAAAAAGGUCAACUACUCACCAUACAGAGACCGCAUCCCCCUGCAAAUCGUGAGAGCUGAGACAGAGCUCUCUGCAGAGGAGAAGGCCUUCCUCAAUGCUGUAGAGAAAGGGGACUACGCUACUGUGAAGCAGGCCCUACAGGAGGCUGAGAUCUACUACAAUGUCAACAUCAACUGCAUGGAUCCUCUGGGCCGGAGUGCCCUGCUCAUUGCUAUUGAGAAUGAGAAUCUGGAGAUCAUGGAGCUACUGCUAAACCACAGUGUGUAUGUAGGCGAUGCUUUGCUCUAUGCCAUCCGCAAAGAAGUAGUGAGUGCUGUGGAGCUUCUGCUCAGCUACAGGCGGCCCAGUGGAGAGAAGCAGGUCCCCACUCUGAUGAUGGACACCCAGUUCUCGGAGUUCACACCAGACAUCACUCCCAUCAUGCUGGCCGCCCACACUAACAACUACGAAAUCAUCAAAUUGCUUGUCCAAAAACGGGUCACUAUCCCACGGCCUCACCAGAUCCGCUGCAACUGUGUGGAAUGUGUGUCCAGUUCAGAAGUAGACAGCUUGCGCCACUCCCGCUCCAGGCUGAACAUCUAUAAAGCUCUGGCAAGCCCCUCACUCAUUGCUUUAUCAAGCGAGGACCCCAUCUUAACUGCUUUCCGCCUGGGCUGGGAGCUCAAGGAGCUCAGCAAGGUAGAGAAUGAGUUCAAGGCUGAGUAUGAAGAGCUUUCCCAACAGUGCAAACUCUUUGCCAAAGACCUGUUGGACCAAGCUCGGAGCUCUCGGGAAUUGGAGAUCAUCCUCAACCAUCGAGAUGACCACAGCGAAGAGCUUGACCCUCAGAAGUACCAUGACCUAGCCAAGCUGAAAGUGGCAAUCAAAUACCACCAAAAAGAGUUCGUUGCUCAGCCCAAUUGCCAACAGUUACUUGCCACUCUGUGGUAUGACGGUUUUCCUGGAUGGCGGCGGAAACACUGGAUUGUCAAGCUUCUGACCUGCAUGACCAUUGGGUUCCUGUUUCCUAUGCUGUCUAUAGCUUAUCUGAUUUCACCCAGGAGCAACCUUGGUCUGUUCAUCAAGAAACCCUUUAUCAAGUUUAUCUGCCACACAGCAUCAUAUCUGACCUUUCUCUUCAUGCUUCUCCUGGCUUCUCAGCACAUUGUCAGAACAGACCUCCAUGUACAGGGGCCUCCCCCAACUGUUGUGGAAUGGAUGAUAUUGCCUUGGGUUCUCGGUUUCAUUUGGGGAGAGAUUAAGGAAAUGUGGGAUGGUGGAUUUACUGAAUACAUCCAUGACUGGUGGAACCUGAUGGAUUUUGCAAUGAACUCACUCUACCUAGCAACUAUUUCCUUGAAGAUUGUAGCCUAUGUCAAGUAUAAUGGUUCUCGUCCAAGGGAAGAAUGGGAAAUGUGGCACCCAACUCUGAUUGCAGAAGCACUCUUUGCAAUAUCCAACAUUUUAAGUUCAUUGCGUCUCAUAUCCCUGUUCACAGCCAACUCCCAUUUAGGGCCUCUGCAGAUCUCUUUGGGGCGCAUGCUGCUUGAUAUCCUCAAAUUCCUCUUUAUCUACUGCCUUGUCCUGCUGGCUUUUGCCAAUGGAUUGAACCAACUUUACUUUUAUUAUGAGACCAGAGCGAUUGAUGAACCAAACAACUGCAAGGGGAUCCGAUGUGAGAAACAGAACAAUGCCUUCUCCACGCUCUUUGAAACCCUUCAGUCACUCUUCUGGUCUGUAUUCGGCCUUUUAAAUCUCUACGUCACCAAUGUGAAAGCCAGACACGAGUUCACAGAGUUUGUGGGAGCUACCAUGUUUGGAACGUACAACGUCAUCUCUCUGGUAGUGUUGCUGAACAUGCUGAUCGCCAUGAUGAACAACUCGUAUCAGCUUAUUGCCGAUCAUGCAGAUAUUGAGUGGAAAUUUGCUAGAACAAAGCUCUGGAUGAGUUACUUUGAUGAAGGAGGCACCUUGCCACCUCCUUUUAACAUCAUCCCCAGUCCCAAGUCAUUUUUGUACCUCGGUAACUGGUUCAACAACACCUUCUGCCCAAAAAGAGACCCUGAUGGUAGACGGAGAAGGCACAACUUGAGAAGCUUCACAGAACGCCAUGCUGACAGCCUGAUACAGAAUCAACAUUAUCAGGAAGUUAUCAGGAAUUUGGUCAAAAGAUAUGUGGCUGCUAUGAUAAGAAAUUCCAAAACAAAUGAGGGACUAACAGAGGAGAAUUUUAAGGAAUUAAAGCAGGACAUCUCUAGCUUUCGAUAUGAAGUGCUUGACCUCUUAGGAAAUAGGAAACACUCAAGGAGAAGCUUUUCUACCAGCAGCCCUGAACUCUCUCAGAGGGAUGAUACCAAUGAUGGCAGUGGUGGGGCUCGGGCCAAAUCCAAGAGUGUCUCUUUCAAUUUAGGCUGCAAGAAAAAGGCCUGCCAUGGGCCACCUCUCAUCAGAACCAUGCCAAUAGAUAGUGGUGCCCAAGGGAAGUCAAAAGCUGAGUCAUCAAGCAAAUGCUCCUUCAUGGGUCCUUCUCUCAAGAAAUUGGGUUUCCUAUUCUCCAAGUUUAACGGUCAUAUGUCUGAACCCAGUUCAGAGCCAAUGCACACAAUUUCUGAUGGAAUCGUUCAGCAGCACUAUAUGUGGCAAGACAUCAGAUAUUCUCAGAUGGAGAAAGGAAAAGCAGAAGCCUGUUCUCAAAGUGAAAUUAACCUCAGUGAGGUAGAAUUAGGUGAAACCCGGGGUGCUGCUCAGAGCAGUGAAUGCCCUCUAGCCUGUUCCAGCUCUCUUCACUGCGCAUCCAGCAUCUGCUCCUCAAAUUCUAAACUUUUAGACUCCUCAGAGGAUGUAUUUGAAACUUGGGGAGAAGCUUGCGACCUGCUCAUGCACAAAUGGGGUGAUGGACAGGAAGAACAAGUUAUGACUCGGCUCUAA